AAUGGAAAUUUGGGAACUGAAGAAAGUGUCACUGACAACUCCUUUAAAAAAGGACAACCUUUUGAGAUGUUCACUGUCAUCAAAUCUGAAGGAUAUCAGGUGUAUGUGAAUGGUAAAGAGCUGUACACAUUCAAGCAUCGUAUACCACUGGAAAAAGUGUCAACGUUAAAUAUCAGUGGAGAUGUUGCUGUGACCGUUUCUGGUUUCAUACAAAACUGGAGCACAUCUGUAUUUCCUACAAAAGUUACAACAAAAAUCACCAAUCUGGGAAGCUCACAUGGGGAACUUUCCACCAUACAAUCAGAGAUCUUGCAGCCAGUCCAAAACCCUAACCUUCCUUAUGUGGGCCAAAUUUCUGGAGGACUGAAAGAAGGCACGGCCUUGUACUUACAGGGAGUUUUUCCUACUAAUGCUGACCAGUUUGAAUUAAAUUUCAAGACUGGGCCAUCUGAAAAUGAUGACAUUGCUUUUCACUUCAAUGCUCGAAUGGACCGGAAGGUGGUCAUGAACAGCUUCAGGAACAGAGGAUGGGAGGCAGAGGAAAGUGUCUCUGACAACCCCUUUAAAAAGGGACAACCUUUUGAGAUGUUUAUUGUUGUCAAGUCUGAAGGAUACGUUGUUUAUGUGAAUGGUAAAGAGCUGUACACAUUCAAGCACCGUAUACCGCUGGAAAAAGUGUCAAUGUUAAAUAUCAGUGGCAAUGUUGCUGUGAAUCUUUUUGGGUUCAUACAAAACUGGAGCAAAUCCUCAUUUGUUACUAAAGUCACAUCAAGAUCUACACAUCUGGGCAGCUCACGCUGGGACCUUUCCACCAUACAGUCAGAGGUCUUAAGGCCCGUCCAAAACCUUACUAUUCCUUAUAUGGGCCCAAUUUCAGGAGGACUGAGAGAAGGCAUGGCCUUGUACUUGCAGGGAGUUGUUCCUGCUAAUGCUGACCGGUUUAGGAUAAAUUUCAAGACUGGGCCAACUGACAAGCAUGAAACUGCUUUCCACUUCAACCCUCGAAUGGGCUCAAAGGUGGUCAUGAACAGCUUCAGCACUGGAAAAUGGGAAACUGAGGAAAGUUUCUCCGACAACCCCUUUAAAAAGGGGGAAGAUUUUGAUAUGUUCUUUGUUGUCAAAUCUGAAGGAUAUCAGGUGCACGUGAAUGGCAAAGAACUGUACACAUUCAAGCACCGUAUAGCGCUGGAGAAAGUGAAAAUGUUAAAUAUCAAUGGAGAUGUUGUCGUGAACCUUUUUGGCUUAAUUCAUAACUGGAGCAAAUCUUCAUUUGUUACUGCUGUCAAGUCAAGAACUGCAUAUCUGGGCAGCUCACAUGGGGAACUUUCCACAAUAAAGUCAGAGAUCUUACAGCCCAUACAAAAUCCUACUCUUCCUUAUGUGGCCCCGAUUCCAGGAGGACUGAGAGAAGGCAUGGCCUUGUACUUGCAGGGAGUCGUUCCCACUAAUGCUGACCGGUUUUCCAUAAAUUUCAAGAUUGGGCCAACUGACAAGCAUGACAUUGCUUUCCACUUCAGUCCUCGAAUGGACCGGAAGGUGGCCAUGAACAGCUUCAGGAACGGAAAAUGGGGAGCCGAGGAAAGUGUCUCUGACAACCCCUUUAAAAAGGGAGAAGCUUUCGAGAUGUUCUUUGUCGUCAAAUCUGAAGGAUAUCAGGUACGUAUAAAAGGCGAACAGCACAGCAUGUUCAAGCACCGCAUCCCUCUGGAAAAAGUAACUACAAUCAACAUUUACGGAAAUGUCUCCAUCAGCUUCCUUGGUUUUGUCACGGGAAUGUGAAUAGGAGCAUUUCUGCGACUCACACUAUAUUAAAGCACUCUCAGAGAAUGAUGUGAAAGUCACGCAUGUCCUCAACCUGAUAUUAACACAUUUACAUUUACAUUUAUUCAUUUAGCAGACACUUUUAUCCAAAGCGACUUCCAGUAUAUCACUGAUUUCAAUCUAAUCCAUUACCACAAAUCAAGGUCACUGCUUUUAUGGCAAAUAAAUAAAACAGCAAAUAAAUAAAUAAAACCAGCCUUUGUAAACCACACUGCUCUAUGUUUUGGGUCACCAUACGGAUAUAUAGACAUCUGUAAUGCAUUUUAUGUUUUGAAAAAGGGUCUACUUUGAAACAUAAGCAAACUGAAGUCUAAUAGCAAUGUGAGGAGAUUUUUAGAGAAGCUGAUGAUUGCGUGACUCUUUUUGGCAAACUGUCCUAAAAGUAAACCUUGAGAUUUACAGAGAAAACAACAAUAGCUUUUCAGUUAAUUUUUAAACAUUUAAAAUGUAUUUCUCCCAAAGGCAAAUAUCCCUUAGUUAGUUUUAGAAACAGAUUUCACAAUCAAUCUAGCUCAAAAAAAUAUGUAUUCAAAUGUUUUCAGUUGUUUCAUAAAUGGCCACAAGGUGGAUCUGUUUCUACAGCAUUACAGCAGUGAACUGUACACCCAUGUCAUCAGUAGACCUUUGUCUGAAAGCAAUAAUGAACUGAAUACAAUGUGCUUAUUGUUAUUAUUACCCACUAUAACUAUCAUUACCAAAAUACAAAGAAUGAUUCUUCUAGAAAUAUGUCACUAUAUCCGUGUAGAAUUGUGUGCCAAAUAAAUUUGACUGGUGUUUAAGUA